GUUAAAAAUCGCCUAUAAUGACAUAUGACAGAAAGUCUUAGUAGCCUCAAAUUAUUUUUAAUCAUAUUGUUUAUAAAAUUAGUUAUAAUUGUGCUAUGCUGAGAUUAAUAAACGUAAUGUUUAACGCCGAGAUGUUAUAUAAAUUUAAAACGAAUUAACGUUAUAUAAUUAAUAAACACGACGUGCAUUUCUAAAUAAAAAAUGAAGACGAAACAACCGUAUUCUCCUAAUCAAAGAUUAAGACUUGAUAGUUUUAGUACUAUCAAUGAAAAACCAGUGGACGAUAUAUCUUUACAAUUUUUCUACAAACCACAUACGAUAACGCUUCUUUUAAUAUCAAUAGCAGGUCUGAUUUAUUUCGCUUUCGUAAGAGACACCGAUAACUUGGAGAACAACAUUUGGGCGGGAAUAUUAUGUUGUUGUUUCUUUUUUUUAAUCAUAUCGGUGUUGGCUUUUCCAAACGGACCUUUUAUACGUCCGCACCCGGCAAUAUGGCGUUUGGUAUUCGGAAUGAGCGUCAUCUAUCUACUCGUAUGCCUAUUCGUAUUAUUCCAAAACUACCAGACCGUUAAAAACAUCCUAUCCUGGUUGGAUCCUUCGCUAAAGGAUUUUCAUUUGGAUAUGGACAAGGAAUACGGCGUAAACUGCUCGGAUAUAACAGUGGAGAGGAUAUGGGGGCACGUGGACAUAUUUGCUUUGGGCCAUUACCUCGGGUGGAUGUUCAAAGCUGUUUUGAUCCGGCACAUGGGGAUUUUGUGGGCGAUAAGUUGUAUGUGGGAGAUAACGGAAUUGGCGUUCGCUCAUCUACUACCGAAUUUCAUCGAAUGUUGGUGGGACGCUUUGAUUUUGGACGUUUUGUUGUGUAACGGCUUCGGGAUUUGGUGCGGUCUGAAAAUAUGUAAGAUAUUGGAAAUGCGCGAAUAUAAAUGGGUGGGAAUAAAGGAUAUUCACAGUACGACGGGGAAGAUAAAACGCGCCAUGUUGCAGUUUACCCCCGAGAGUUGGACGUCGGUGAGGUGGUUGGACCCCAAGUGUUCGUAUAUGAGAAUAUUCGCGUUGUGUCAGUUGGUGUUGUUUUGGCAGGCAUCGGAAUUGAAUACGUUUUUUUUGAAACACGUUUUUGAACUACCCUCGUCGCAUUUUUUAGUGACCGGUCGGUUGAUUUUGAUUGGGGUGAUCGUGGCCCCAUCUGUGCGGCAAUAUUACAGUUACACGACGGAUACUAGUUGUAAAAGGGUCGGGACUCAGUGCUGGGUGUACGGGUGUAUUAUGGUAACUGAAUCUUUGAUUUGUAUUAAACACGGUAGGAAAUUAUUCGAACAGACUCAAAUUGUGAAUAUGGUCGUUUGGGUGUUGAUAAUGUUUAUCGUUUCCGUUGGGGUGGUUGUGGGAUGUGUUAUGUGGCACAAGUACGACCCCGAUUCGUCAAAUUUUACCCCUAAGAAAACGAAAAUUCAAAUUCAAACAACUAAAGACGAUUAGAGUUUCGGUUGUGAUAAAACAAAUUAGACAAUUAACUCAAUGUGUUAAAAUGACAUGCUCUAUAAUUUUGUCUCUUCAUUUUCGUAUAUUUUCCAGUCCCAAAUCGACAGGGUGUUUUGUUAUAUAUUUUUUCAAAUAUUUACUUUUACUUUCAACUUUAACCUCGUAUAAUUUCCACAAAUAACAAUUUGAACAAACUGAGUAUUAUUCGUUAUUUUGAUCCUUCUUUUCCUUAACUAAUGACAUGAAAUCAAAAUCUAUAUUUUUCAUUACAGUUUUAUUAAAUUUUAUACGGGGGCUUGUACAAAUUUAUAAAAAUCUCACUUUGAACUUUAAGCUCGUAUAAUUUCCACAAAUAUGUAAUUGGAAUAAUCGAAUUUGGUCACUAAUCUAAAAGCAUCUUUCCUCUAACUAAUCCCAUAAUAUUUAAAUCCGCACCUUUCCUGGUUUGUUAGUUAUUUGAAAUUAUAAGAGAGUGUGUGGAAGUAAGUUAUAAAAUUUUGACCUUGAACUUCAACCUUGUAUAAUUUCCACAAAUAACAAUUUGAACAAACUAAUUAUUAUCCUUUAUUUUGACCCUUCUUUUCCCUAACUAAUGACAUAAAACCGAAAUCUACAACUUUCCUUGUUUGAGAUUUAUUCCAAUUUAUACAAGAGCAUGUCAAAAUUAGUCUAAAAAAAUUUACCUUGAACUUCAACCUCGUAUAAUUUCCACAAUUAUGAAAUUGAAAAAACUGAAGGGGGUCACUAAUUUAAAAGCAUAUUUCCUCUAAUUAAUCCCAUAAUAUUCAAAUCCAUACCUUUCCUGGUUUUAGAUUUAUUUAAAAUAAUACGAGAGUAUGUAAAAAUUAGUCUCGAAAAUUUUCUUUUGUACUUUAACCUCGUAUAAUUUUCAUAAAUAUGCAAUUGAAGAAACCGAAUAUGGUCACUAAUUCAGAAGCAUCUUUCCUCUAACAGGUGCCAUAAGAUUUAAAUCCACAUCUAUCCUUGUUUGGGAUUUAUUCAAAUAUACACGAGAGCAUGUCAAAAUUAGUCGUAAAAAAUUUACGGUGGACUUUAACCUUUUAUAACUUUCAAAAACAUCAAAUUUCAAGGACAAACUGUAGUCACUUAUGUAGAAUUAUCUUUCCUCUGAUCAAUUACCCAUAAUUCAAAACUACAAGUUUCAUUGUUUCAUAUUUUAUCGAAUUUAUACGAAGGCAUAUAAAAAUUGGUGUUGAAAAUUUCACCUUGAACUUAAUUUUAUUUCUACAAAUAUAAAAUUUGAAAAAUCGAAUAUGAUCAUUUAUUUAGAUCUGUUUUCCCUCUAAUCAACGACAUAAAGUCAAAAUAUGUAUCUUUAGUUUUUUUGAAAUUUUUAAGAGAGAAUAUGGAAAUGAGUAUUAAUUAAUUUUGACACUACCCUGUAUAAUAAAAUUAAUAAGUGCCAUAACACAAAUUUAUAAUCUCUCUAUAAAGUAUUUUGUUUUUUUUUUGGUCGUUUUUUUGUGUAUCAUUCCUUAUAGUUGAUAAAAAAUUAUGUAAUUGUUACCAAA